CGUCAAUCAAAAUAGAAAAAAGCGAGUGGAAUCAGCGCUCGCAACCCGCCUUCGAUCCAUAGAAUCAUGCUGGAGUGCCAUUAAAGCGAUUUUUUAUUUCCAGCGAAACUUACUUAACCAAUGACUGCGCCCACACAGCCGGGGAGAGCAGAGGAAAUGGCUGCCUUAGACGUGGACAGCAGCCAGAGCGAGUUUCUGCAGCAAGAUGGAAGCAGAUCGGGAGAUCAGGCAGCAGACUCAGCAUCAGUGCAGAUAACUGGCUCCUCAGCACGAUGGGAGGGAGUCAAGGAUGAUUCAGGCAUUGUUCAGCUAUCCAGUGCGGGAAUAGUCACCUCUAAUGGGCAGUAUGUUCUUCCCCUCCAGAGCCUUCAGAGUCAGACCAUUUUUCUUACAUCAGGGACAGACUCCUCCAAUGCAGUGCCUAACAUCCAGUACCAGGUAAUCCCUCAGAUCCAGGCUGAUGGCCAGCUAGGAUUCUCUGCCUCAGCAGUGGAUGGUGCUUCACUAGCACAUGAUGCCACUGGGCAGAUUCAGAUUCUCCCUGAUGGCUCCCAGGCCAUUAGUGUAGCUGGCACUGCAGCUGGCAGCAUUUUCAGCAACAGCCAGAACCUCAUUGCUCAGACUGGCCAGGUGCAGCAGAUCCAGGGAGUCACACUGGGAAGCUCAACCUUCAACAGUCAAGGCCAGGUGGUUGCUAAUGUACCUGUGGGUUUGCCUGGUAACAUUACCUUUGUGCCCAUUAACAGUGUAGACCUGGACUCGUUAGGGCUCUCUGGAGCUCAGACUAUAGCAACAGGGCUGACAGCCGAUGCACAGCUAAUCAUGACCAAUCAGACAGUGGAUAAUUCCUCUGAUGGAUCAGAGAAAACAGGGGAACACUUGUCACACCAGACACUAGUGAUCAACAACACUAACGCCACAGCAGAGAUGUACGUGCCUACCACAUCUUCGUCCUCAUCGUCGUCCUCGCAGUUGCACACCAGCACAAUAGAUGGCACAGGUGUGCUCACACAGGGUGGGAAUGAGCAGUCUGAGGGAUUCCUUGUUCAGAACCAGACAUCCACAGGGCAGCAGGUGAUUCAGUUACAGCAGGUCCCUAUCCAGAGCAGCGAUGGACAGCAAGGCCAGCAGCAGAUUGCAGCACAGGGCCAGCAGGCCCUUCAGAACGUCCAACUUAUUAACCCAGGGACCUUCCUCAUUCAGGCACAGACCGUCACACCUUCAGGCCAGAUACAGUGGCAGACCUUUCAGGUUCAGGGAAUUCAAAACCUUCAAAACUUGCAGCUCCAGACAACCCCAGCGCACCAGAUCACGUUAGCCCCAGUACAAACCCUCUCUCUAGGACAGGCGGGUACACUGAGCUCCACUCCUGUUAGCAUCAGCUCUGGACAGAUCCCAAAUCUGCAGACAGUUACAGUUAACUCAGUGGAUCAGACAGGAAUCCAGCUCCAACAGACCGAUGACACAGACAGCCCAGAGAUUCGGAUAAAGGAGGAGCCAGAUUCAGAAGAGUGGGCAAUUGGUGGUGAUUCAACUCUAAAUACUAAUGACCUGUCUCACCUACGUGUGCGCUUAGUGGAAGAGGAGAUGGAGGGGCUCGGCCAGGAUGGCAAACGUCUGCGCAGGGUCGCGUGCACCUGUCCCAACUGCAAAGAAGGAGGCGGGAGGGGCUCCAACGUGGGGAAGAAAAAGCAGCAUGUGUGUCAUAUAGCAGGCUGUGGAAAAGUUUAUGGCAAGACAUCUCAUCUGCGAGCUCAUCUGCGCUGGCACUCAGGAGAGAGGCCCUUUGUCUGCAACUGGAUGUUCUGUGGCAAAAGAUUUACACGCAGCGAUGAGCUUCAGAGACAUCGGAGGACACAUACAGGAGAAAAGAAGUUUGUAUGUCCGGAGUGUUCGAAGCGCUUCAUGCGCAGCGACCACUUGGCCAAACACAUAAAGACACAUCAGAAGAAGGCCAGCGGUGGCACAGUGAUGGCAAGUGUGGAGACAUCAGCCUCCUCUGACAUCACCUCAGGAGCUACAACGCUCAUCCUCACCAACAUCCAGCCAGGGGCCAUGCAGGGCCUCGCGACCGUUAAUGCCACAGUCAACACGUCCAACUCACAGGAGCUGCUUUCAGAGAUCCCACUGCAGCUGGUCACGGUGGCACCCAGUGAAAAUGCAGAGUAACGGGCAUGCGAAGGAACUGCGAGAAUUUAGCUGAACAUUCAAUCUGACUGCCAAGGUUUUGUUGCUCUCUGCAUAAUGACAACAUAAUUGUCUCUUUUUUUUUUCUCCCUCCUGGACGCCAGACUCUUUUCCCCUUCAAUUGUAUCCUGCUUUUUAUACCCACACAGAUUAUUCUCAUUUACGUAAAUAUAACAAUUUACGUAAAUGCACAUAUAUAAAUAUAUUUUACAAAUAUAGAAUAUCAAUUUAUGUUUGUCUGUAGUCUUUUUUAUGGCAAGAGCGGAGCAGAAGAGAAAUGUUUAAUGGGGUUUCCAUAUAAAACACUGAAAUGCCUUAUUUUGUAUCAUACUCAUAUGGUGUACAAAAUUGCAGUGGAGCUGUAGAGCAACUGUUACAAUGUGUGUGUUUGAAUGGAAGUAAUCUUUAUUAAAAAGUUACAAAUCUGGUAACGGAGGUGGAGGUAAUGUAAUGUUGGGGCUAGUUAGGCAAUGUUGUGGCAUUAGUGAGCCACACCAUAAAGGGAGAUGUUCAGUGUAGAACAUUAGAAUGAAGUGUGCCACUGGUGCUGGGGCUUAUGAAGUUCUUGUCCAAACAUUUCUUGAACAUGUCUGUUUCUGAUGCUUUUCUCUGUGUAUAUGAUUUCUUCAAUGUGGUCUUUCGAUUUUAUGUAGUCAAAUCAAGGCUCUGUGAGGGCUACCUCUUCAAGCUAAAGCAUUGUGAAGAAAUUUGCAAGUUGCAAAACGAAAAACAAUCAAUGAAAUUAAAAACCUUUUUUCUUCUUCUUAAACUUCUUGCAGUUAAUCAGAUGUUAAGCAUUUGUUGUCAAGUCUUUUUGAGCAAGACGAUAUUUAUAUGAGGCUUUGCAUAGUAAACUUGUUUUGUGGUGUCUACAUCUCCUAAAUGAGCUUUUUUAAUUUUUUAAUAUGUAUGAUUAUUCUAAUGUCACUUUUUUCUAAGGCUGUACUAUCUAAACAGAGUCAUUGGUAUGAAAUGGGCAUAUCUGUGAAGUGUAUGUGUCUGAUUGCAUGUCGAGGACUUAUUUAAGUGGGCCUGGUAUUUCUAUUUUUUGGGUUGUGUGUUAGUUGGGCUGUGCCAUGCUGAUCCAUUAUAAAUAAGAAGUACUCCAAUACUGGAGCUCUGUGCUGCCAGUGUUCAAACUGGUCAGACCAAAUUCAGUUAAAUGACUUAAAAUGCUACAGAAUAAUUCUCGCCACCAAAGAACAUAUUUUUAAUUCCUUAAAUUAAUCUGCUCUGUAUGAGAAAUGUGGAAUUUGAAGCUUGUUUUUACUAUAAUUCUUGCUCGUUCUGAUGUGCUUUGUAGUAAUCUGAUUGAAUUUGAUUCUGACCUGUUAUAGCCAUGUAGAGGAAUAUAGGGUACUGCUGAUCUGAGAUCCGGCACAGACACAAAACAUGUGAACAUACACCUCUUUAUUACUAUAUACUCGUAGUUUGGUAAUGAAAUUUUCGAAAUAGAGCAAAACUCUUUUCUAUCACAGGUUGCUGAAGGACCUCGACACUUUUUUGCCCUCGUUAUGCAGUUUAUUUGUUAUUUUGAAGUGAUGGUGUAGUAAUUUCCCCUUCGUCUCUAGGAUUGUUUUGCACUUUCGUAUGAGAUAAUUCCAUGUAAUUAAAACAUGCAUUUUGAGUUUUGUUGCCAGUCUAUUUCUAUUAAAGACAAAAAUAAUACAACAUGCGCAUAAUGAUCCAAGUUAAAUUACUGAACUUGGCUCAGAUAGAAAAUGUCCUUACUAAAUUGUUAUUAAACACUAUUUUUUUAAGUUAAUGAUCUUUCUAGUUUCUUCGUACAAUUUUCAUUUUUAAUACGUUGCCCUAUAGUUUGUAAGGUCGUAUCUGAUUUUGUUCAGUAUAAAUAGCAUUGUAACAUGUCUUUUGUAUUGUUAUUUGGUCUUUUUUUCUGAAAAAGCUUCGAAAUUGUACAAUGCCCACUUUUGAGGGCAGCUUUUUAUU